AAGUACUGGAACGGCUGUGAAAAUUCUGAGUGACGCGCAAUUGAUCAUGCGUGCGCUCAUUUGAAUUUCAAAAAAAUUAAGAAUUUUUUGUGGACAAUUCAUCACUGCGGGGCGAGUAUGUGGACAAGUCUUUUAUAAAGAUUAGGACUGCGAACAUUCAUUUAGAAAUUAACACAAGCGUGUCAUAGCAACAUUAACUGAGCUUCAACCUUUAGGACUUAACAUAACAGAAAACACAAUGAGGCUUAAAGAAAUUCUUUUCGUUGGAAUCAUCCUUUUAGUAAACAAUGUAUUCGCAAAGUGGCAUUGUCGAAACAGACUAACGGGGGGAUGCUUAAACGGGGGCACGUGUAAUAGUGACACUGGAGUCUGCGCCUGUCCAGAGGGAUUCGAGGGGUAUAACUGUGGGCUUGAGACCGCCCUUAUCUGUCCUGCUGACAAUGACGCUAACUGCAGGAAUGGGGGUACCUGUUAUAAUACUGACCAGUGCUUCUGUACCGAGGAUUAUAUUGGGGCCCAGUGUGAAACGCCUAUCUCUUCCAUGGAGUGUCGGGGUGAGGGAACUGAUAUCACAGUGAUGGUACCGGACGGCUUUAGGGGGGAGAUCUACUCUCAGAGGGACGGGUCCGACGAUGACAUGGUCCCAGAGGAGUGUAAAUUUACUCCGGAAGCAGCCAGACCCGACAACUACAUACCGUAUACCUUCACCAUUCCAUUUGACAGAACCAGUCCAUGUAUAAACGCAGCACUGAAUGAAACCAUAAAUGAGAAUGGAGACUCUGUAUUUUCGUCUGUUAUUGUGAAGACCUACAGUACAAUGUUUAUAACAGACUAUGACGAACAGUUGACAUUCGUCUGUAUCCAUUCUACCAAUAAUUAUACUCUAGGUACCCGACUAGACCAGGUCGAUCUCGAUAAAUCGAGAAACCUGCAGACUGAUAAGAAGGAUGGCGACUAUUCCCCUGUCAGAAUGAAUGUUCUUAAUGAAGAUGACACCAAUCUUACAGGACAAGUCAAUGUUGGUGACGUCAUCAAACUUAGAUUCUAUCUGGAUGACGAAACAGUGUAUAAAAAUUUGAGAAUGGAGGACUGUACUGCAAAUGAUACCAGAUUAGAGAACGGAAAUAGCUUUCAAUUCUUGGAAAAGGGGUGUCCUACAGAAGCCGGGGCCGCUAUCAUGGUAGAAACUAAUGGACAAACUCUGACUAGAAUUACCCACCCCACCAGAGGAGGAGAAGUCGCUGCUGCAGUCCUGCCAAUCUACGCUUUCAAAUUCAAAAGCACAGGAAACGUAGCCUUUAACUGUCAACUGAAAAUCUGUCGAGAGGGCGAGGAUUGUAAUCCACGAUGUGGGGCACCUGCUACUGACGACUCUGCUGCUCCUCGAGCAACAGAUGCUGCGCCAGUGGCACCAACAGAUGCUCCAGCUGAUGUAGUUCCAACUGGUGUUCCUACUGACGCUCCAACUGGUGUUCCUACUGACGCUCCUCCAGUCGAUGGUGGCGCCCCCGAUGCUGGACCAGUGGUUACAGACACUCCAGUCGAUGUGGCUACUAAUGAACCCGCUAUUGCUAAAAGAAGACGAAGGCGAGCAGCUUCAGGAGAGGAAAGGGAAACAUUCUCUGCUAUUGUUUCUGUUGUUGAUCCUUUUGAAACUCAGUGGCGCGCCAAUCAAGUAACCAGUACAUCUGCACCUACAACAGAAUCACCAGAAGAAGAAAAGACGUGCUUCCGUUCUCAGGAGAUCCUGAUUGUCAUCAUAGUCAUGUCUGCGUUUGUCUUUGUUUUACUAGUAGCUUGCCUUGUAAUGUCUUGUACCAUUCUAAAAUUAAGACAUAAGUUCAAUUGCCGUGAAAAUGAAAGUGAGUCACAUAUGCCUAGAUUUUUUCUUCCUCAUGCUAAACUACAAGCUUGAUAACCAUACAAGUUUAACUGAUCAUUAGUUACAAUAGGUUUUUUCAAAUUCAGUUAAUGAUGAUCAUUCAAUUUUUAAACCCUGUACUGGUUUAAUCAUUGAAGCCAUCUUGUACUUUUUGCAUCAUUUAAAGUGCAGCUAACUCUCUUAUUAUAUCCAUCUAUGCAAAAGUUAGCUACAUCUUAAAGACAGCAGAAGAAAUCCUUUAUGACAGUUGAUAAUAUUAAUUUUAAUUCGGCUUAUUUUAAUGAAUAAUCAAUAGGUCUAUGGAAUGGCCACAAUUUUUACUUACUUAAAAAUACUUAUGACAAUUAAGGAAAUUUUCAUUCACGAAAAUAAAAAAAGUUAUUUAAUUUUUUCCUCCUUUCUUUUCAUCAAUUGGAAUUUAAUCAUUUCGUAAUUUUUCAUCUUCGCAGAGAUGGUAAAUUUUAAGUGCAUGUUUAUUGUUGUUGCUGAUUUGAAUAUUAAUUGAAUAUUUUAAAUGUCGUUUCAAUGCAUUGCAAUUAUAAAGAUUGUAUGUUUUAACCGAUUUUGAAUUGCAUGAAAUAUGUGAAUUUUAAAGGUGUUUAGUGUGAAAACAGCUAUUCUUGUAAGACGGGUUGUAUGAAAGUACGCAUGGAAGGAAGUGUUAUAAUUUGUUAUUGUUAUUGGUGUUAUAGAUAUCAUAUUAUGCAUUAGGGACUUACAACUUACAAUUUGUACAUAGCAUUUUCUAUUUAAGAACAAUAAAUUUUAAAAACGAA